GGCAAGCACACGGUCGAGCAAGGGGAUGGAGUCGUCCUGGAGGGUGAGUGGAUGAAUGGCAAGAUGAAUGGCAAGGGUACUUUGCAGAGCGACAAACUAGGGUCAUACGCAGGGGAUUGGUCGGAUGGUAUGAUCCAUGGCAGGGGAACAUUCUACUUCCUUGAUGGGCAAAUCUUCGAGGGACUCUUUGUUCAUGGAAACCCAACCAACGGACACACAGUGGAGGCCUCGGACGGUCGAUUCUACCUCGGAGAAUGGCAGGACGGGUUGUGGCAUGGCAAGGGCAAGUGGGAGCACCCGACCAUCGGGUCGUACAUCGGUGAGUGGCAUGCGGGAGUGUUUCAUGGGAGGGGCAAGUUCUGCUGGUACGACGGGUCGAAGAGAGAC